AUGGAGAGGAUGGAAUCCAUGGAGCCCAUCUCGGCGCUCUACACGACGGAUUACCCCGAGAUCCACCCGGAGGAGAGCUGUCGCUCCGCCGGCAGCCCGCUGGGCUCUCCGUCCGCGCCGUCCUACAACGAGGAUCUGAUGCACAAGACCAUCCUGGUGGGGGACAGUGGCGUGGGGAAGACGUCCCUGCUGGUCCAGUUCGAUCAGGGGAAGUUCAUCCCUGGGUCCUUCUCCGCCACCGUGGGCAUCGGCUUCACGAAUAAAGAGGUGACUGUAGACAACGUGAAGGUGAAACUACAGAUCUGGGACACUGCAGGACAGGAGCGGUUCCGGAGUGUAACUCACGCGUACUACCGUGACGCCCAGGCCCUCCUCCUACUCUAUGACAUCACCAGCAAGACAUCCUUCGACAACAUCAGGGCCUGGUUAACAGAGAUCCAUGAGUAUGCACAGAGGGACAUAGUCAUCAUGUUGCUGGGCAACAAGGCUGACAUGGCCGGUGAAAGGGCGAUCAGGAGGGUGGAGGGAGAAAACCUUGCCAGGGAGUACUGUGUUCCCUUCAUGGAGACUAGUGCAAAGACUGGAGUGAAUGUGGAGAUGGCUUUCAUUUCAGUGGCCAAGGAACUGAAACGCAGAUCGGUACGGCGCCCGGACGAGCUAACCUUCCAGAUCCACCAGUACGUCGAGGCAGAGGAGCCGAAGCUUACCUGCUGCAGCUACUUCUAGCUUCUAAACCGCUAUAGGACACCAGACCCCCCUUCAGAUACUUCUAGCUGCUAAACAGUUAGGCACCAACCCCCUUCAGAUACUUCUAGCUGCUAAACCUCUAGGCCCCGGCCCCCCCUCAGAUACUUCUAGCUGCUAAACCGCUAGGCACCAGACCCUCCUUCAGAUACUUCUAAAAGCUAAACCUCCAGGCUCCAUCUCCAUCUCACCCACUUUGAACAACUAAACCUAUAGGCUCGACCUUUCUCUCAUCUGCUUUUAACAGCUAACCCUCUGGCCUCCACCUCCGUUUUAGCUACCUUUAACAGCUAAACCUCUGGCCUACAGCUCCAUCUCAGCUACCUUUAACAGCUAAACCUCUGGCCUACAGCUCCAUCUCAGCUACCUUUAAUAGCUUAACCUCUUGUCUCCAGCACCAGCUCUCGUUCACUCCUGGGAACGUCCUUCAAUGGCUCACCAAACAAGGCACCGCUCAUCUGGACAAGGUCAGGGGGUUAGAAAUUGACAGGGCGGGGCGGGGGGGGGGAAACGUACCAGAACCAUAUUUGAAGUGAAGGAGCAAUGGCAAACAGACCGUACACCUCUCCUAAAUCAGACAACAGGUUUGAGUGACUUUUUAAUUCUCCACUCUUUCAAAAAUGGAGGAUGUGCUGUUUCCCGAAGACAGCCCCAGGAUUGACAAGUGCACCUUCUCAUGCUGAGUGCAGACGGACUCACACAGCGAUCGUACACUCGGGCCUCUGAUCAAGAGCCAGGCUCACGGACACA